UUCUCUUUCUACUCUUUCUAUAUCGCGUAAAUCUCUACUCAAUUUCACUUAAAUUAAAUAUACCCAGAUUUAUAUUUUUCCGCUAAUAAUAACCACCAGAUUCACAUUCACAACUCUCUCCCGAUAUAUAAAAUCACACCUUCCUCACUUUUUCUCUCCCUCCCCGCGACUACGUAACUGCGGGGUUUUUCCUACGAUUCCUCCAACAUUUUCCUUCUAAAAGAAAAAAAAUAUCGAUCUCGUCUUUCUCUACCGCUGAUUCCUCGAUUUUAUGAUUCUCUCGCUUUUGAUUUUGAUAAGCUUUAUAGAUAGUUAGGGUUUCGAAUUUCGAUAGAGAUAAUCAUCGCGAUAGAUUGAGAUUUUUCGUUAGGGUUUUGGUUUUCUUUUGUGAUUUGCGAUGGGGAGUGUUGAUGGAGACAAUAAUAGGAAGUUUAAGUUGAACUUUACUGCCGAUGGAGCAACGAAGCUGAGGGAGAGUGUGACGGAGAAGCUUAAGGAAUUCAUGGGGGAAUACACUGAUGACACUCUUGUGGAAUAUGUUAUCGUGUUAUUGAGGAAUGGUAAGACCAAAGAACAAGCAAGGAAUGAGCUGAAUGUUUUUUUAGGGGACGACAGUGAUUCUUUUGUAUCCUGGUUGUGGGAUCAUCUACAUUUGAAUUUAGCUUUGUAUGUAAAAGCUGAAAAACUGCAGGAUGAAGCUCCGAAAAGAAAGCUUAUAUCUGAAAUUCAAGCUGGGGGUGAUAGCUUUCAGCAUUCAAAUUCACAGUUAGAAAGAGGAAAUUCUAAUAAGUUUUCUAGAAGUCAGCAUAACAAAGAUUGGAAAAGUUUGGUGAGGGGAGAAACUGAAGCACAUACUAUUACAAGCUCUGAGGUUGACAAUGCUCAUUUAGAGGAAAAAAUACGACCACAAGUCAAUCGUGGUCCAAGGUCACUAUCUCCUAAACCUCCAGUUCAGAGGAAAAGGAGCCGGGCUGAUGAACAACAGAGGACAAAGAGGGAUGUUGCCUCACAAGUAAAAAUUGCUGCUCCUCGACGGCUGCUUCAAUUUGCAGUUCGAGAUGCAGUGGGUACUUCAAGAACAUCUACAUCAGUGGAGCCUUCCUUAAAACGUCUCCGUUCUGUAGUUUCUACAUCCUCUGCUGAUUCAUCUUUGGUUGAACAUCAUCAGCAUGUGCAGCCCACUUGCCGGUUGCCAAAUGCAAUGGCUACAGUGAUUAAGGCUGUGGCGGAAGCUGCAGAGGAUGUGAAGUCCAAAUCCUCAGGAAGUGUAUUUGAUAGACUUGGUUGUGGUAUGGAUUCGUCAGCUGAUAACAUCCAACUUGAUUAUCAACAUCAGGAACAAAACCAAUCACUGUAUCUUCAAAGAACUGAUUAUGAUGGGCAAUAUGUGGAAAAUACAGCUAUGAUGGAACAUGAAACUGAUUUUUGUUCUGAUUCAAAUUCAGAUAAUGAUGAGUGUCAUGAUGUAAAUGUCAUAGGUCGUGGGGUGACUGGAACUUCUCUGAUCAGCUCCUCUAUUGGAUACAGGGGCAGUGAUUCACAAAUGAUGCAGUAUAGUGUUGCAAAAAAUACUGAUGAUAGUUUGCGUCUAAAACAUAACCGAGAACUGGAGCAACCUGCUGCUGCACUUAACACUUCUGCUAAUAUAGUGAAUGUUUCUCGUAAUGUAAAUACUUGGAAGCCAGCACAAUAUCAGGAACCAAGGGAGAUUAUAGAAUUAGAUGGGCAUCAAGUUUUAGACAGUGAAACUAGAGAUCCCAGAUCUAACAUGCAACUGGUGAAGGAGAAUGCCAAUGCUCAGAAAAUUAGUUACAGAAAUGUAAACCCUGCUUCUGGUGUUCAGAAAGACUCUAGCAUGGCACACUGUGUAGAAUUGAUUACAUCUUGUGCAUUCUCAGAUUCUAAUGUUGCUGGUUGUCCUUCAGAAGAUGUUGAUUCCAGAACCAUUUUUGUUAGCAAUGUUCAUUUUGCUGCUACCAAAGAUGGUCUGUCUCGGCAUUUUAAUAAAUUUGGGGAAGUGUUGAAAGUGAUUAUUGUUACUGAUGCUGCAACUGGGCUGCCAAAAGGGGUAGCCUACGUUGAGUUCAUGCUAAAAGAAGCAGCCGAUAAUGCACUAUCUCUAGAUGGCACUUCUUUCAUGUCACGAAUCCUCAAGGUUGUAAAGAAAAGUGCUGCCAAUCAAGAAUUAGCUCCAACCACGACAUGGCCACGCGUCAUUAGGGGAUCUCCAUUUUCAACUGCCAGGUUUCCCAGACCUCCCUUUGCAAGAGGUAUUCCUGGUUCAUUUAGACCCCGACCCCCAUUAAAACUGGGUGCAAGGAGCAUGCAAUGGAAGCGGGAUGCUCAGGGUAGUCCAGCUGACAGUAGUUCGUCCGUGAAUACCAGCAAUAUUGCCAUGCCUGCUACUCGUGGUCUCACCUACAUUAGAACACAAUCUAAGUCAGAUGGUUUGGGUACCACGUAAUUCAAUUAUUGGGGGAUUGUGGUAAAUUAGUGUCACAUCAGAGUUUCAUAUCUAAUAUAGCACAAAAUUUAGUAAAAAUAUAUUAAUCUAAGGAGACACCUGGUUUAAUUUCUGAAUUUUUUUUCUGUACAUGGAGGAUAUUUGAAUAUUUAGAGACUAAGUUGCCUAUGUAGGUAGUAGGCUGCGUUUAAUAAAUUCCAUAUUUGGUCUAAGGUUGAAGCUACAGAAGAGGAGAACGUUGAUUUUGUUGGAUUGAAGGUGAGAAGAGUGUCAUGGAGAUAUAUGGGGGAUUAUCCACAGUUGAUGUGGGUGGUUAGGGUGGAUUAUGGUCUUUUUUAUUGCGGGAGAAUCUGUUUCACUGCUUUUUGUUUUUGUAAGUGUUAUUGGUGAAAGAUUAAUAAACAAAAAAUGAAAAAGAAAAGUUGAGUUGAGUUUUAUUGGACGGCUUCAUUUACUUAUUUUA